CAAACAGCGCGUCGACAUCCAGCGGCUGCUGCGUCUUUGCCGUCGCCACUCGAAGGCCGCGUGUCCCCGCCCGGCGGUUGCCAGAUCUAGGGCUGGUCGGAGGACGAAGACGCUGGAAGCGGCGAUGUUCUGCCUAGUUCGCCAUCGUCUCUGGACAACGGAGUGGAAGAGUGCCCUGCCUUGAUUGUAAGCAACAUUCCAUGGGAAUUUCAAUAGCAUGGAAUACGGGAAUUUUAACAGGAUCGAAUGCUGACGAUAAAUCCACAGGAUCCCGAGAUGCUUCUGGGGCAGGGUCCACCAGGUUCGAUACUGUCGGUUCCCGAUCCCGCAAGCGACGAUCCCUAUUCCCCCCCGCCAGCGGAUGCGAUAGCCUCUGGCCUUGCCCCGUUCCCAUAUGUGAACCCAGCAGAGAUAUUCUGCCAAGAGAGGCAUGAUACGCCCCUACAAAUGUACGGCAGUCCAGGCGGCGACGGCGGCAGCAACAGCGACCCAGCCGGCCUUACCAACGAUAUGGCACAGAUCGCGCUGGGUGGUGAUUUCCUCGGAGCUGGUCACGACGGCAAGGAGGACAACGUCGACCUCCCGCUGCCCAACUCCGAUGUCGCGCUGCCUCCUGCGCCGACUUCCCCACACGAUCCCCCGCUGGACGGCGGAAAAAAGAAGCGGAUCAAGCUAGUUACACAUAAACAAAGGACGUCUGAGGCAAGCGAUGGCACAGCGGAGCCACCUAAGAAAAAGAUUAUUUUAAUCCUUAAAAUUUGACCCGAGGUUUGGGUGGAUUGUAUCUGAUGGAUGCCAGACGGGCAGGCUCGUGGGAGCAGAACCCAAGGGAUGCAGCAAGUAGCGUUGAAGUUUGUCUACUAAAGAAAUCUAUUUACUGCAAAAAGAUCAGAAGGGCUACCUGGAGGGCUUUGCACUGGCUGGUCCUUCUCUGGAUUGUUGCGCCCCUGUCCUAGGUCCGGACCCGGGUGGAGAACUAGGAGCAUCGCGCUUCAUUCCUGGCGGUUGUCACGACUGCACACGCCAUAUAUCCCGACGAAUCUGUCGCUCCUUGCACUCUUUUAUCCGCCGAUAUAGAAUUUGUUAGUAGCUCUGGUUGGAAAGACAUAAUACUUGGAUGUUUGGCCCGGUUUCAGCCGUGCGUGAGCCCCAUUCCGUCGCAUGGGUAAGGUCUACGGCGGAGGAGGAUGGAGCAACGGAGCUCCGGGUUGCUGGCAGAAUGCAGUGGCGGCGCCCUACCACGAGCGCAUUGCGCCUCAGGUUCGUCCACGCCAAAAUCCCCAGUAUUAGUUCAGGGCGCUCCAGGACAGGGCCGCGCAGGGGAGCUGCCAGGGUAGAAAGCGGCGUCGCGAAACGUUGCGUACGCAAUCCGCCAUGAAAGGUUAUAUACCGCACGCCGUAUAUGAAAACCAAAGGACGGACAACAUUGUAUCUACCGCUGCCAGUCCAUAUGCCGCCUUCUGCUAAUCUCUUUUCCACGAAUUCAACACAUGUAGAGAAUCUUGUGUGUAAGGGUGGUUCGGACCAAGGACGCGGCGCCAUAACCGGACGCAAUCGUCCAUUAUCGCCAGUGCUUCAUUGUACCGGCCCAAGCUAUUACACGUAAUAGCCAAAUCGUACACGUGCUCGGCGCCAAGCAUCCCGAUACGAUCCAGAGCAUGGCGGACCUGGCAACAACAUACCACAGUCAAGGGAGGUAC